GUAUUGUGCGCUGUGCGAAAACACGAAAAUCUGUGUUGAUACAACGUGGAAAAACACAGCCUGAGCAACGUAAUUCUAAAAUGCUGAGAUAAGCAUAGAGUUCCGAGUGCAUUCGCAUCAUUUUCCUUCGUAGUAUCGAGUCAGAGUCGAGUGCCACUGCUUCACCGUCUUGCUCGUCUCGUGAAAGAAAAUAGGCACCGCCCAGAGCACAGGGAAACGAGGGUUUCAAGGGCACCUGAGUGCUGCGUGGAGUGAAAGUACAUACAUACUUCUCUGUCAGGCGAGCCCCUUUUGCUCCUCUUGCUGUGCCAGCAUACCUUCCAGGGCAGUCGAAGGUAGAAUACGGAUCAGAUUAGAGUAGUGCUCCUAGCUAGAAAUGAGUCCGCACGGCAAUUCGAUGCGAUCGAACAGCGAAGAGGCUGAGUUUUUGUAUGAACCAUCCAUUCUGAAGAAGCUUGAAUUUGGCAAAGCCAGAACUAAAUUCGAGCCAAAAAUUAGUGCAGCACAGCCCGGCGCGGGGCUUCUUGUACGGCCUUUGAGCUCGGAUGACUACGACAAAGGGUUCAUCCAAUUACUAAGUCAGCUGACCAAAGGAGGAGAUGUGAGCAGACAAGACUUUCUUGAUCGAUUUGCUUCAAUGAAGCGCUGUGCAAAUACUUACUAUGUGACUGUGAUCGAAGACACGCAUCUGGGCAGAGUGAUUGGGUCUGCCACUCUGGUCGUCGAGCAGAAAUUCAUUCGCAACUGUGCCUUGCGAGGAAAACUGGAGGAUGUGGUUGUGAAUGACAGCUAUCGGGGCAAGCAAUUAGGCAAGCUGAUCAUUUCGACGAUCAGCCUUCUUGCUGAGGAACUUGGCUGCUACAAAAUCAGCUUGGACUGCAAGGACCAAUUGGUGCCAUUCUACACCAGCCUAGGCUACCUGCGCGAGGAGGGAAAUGCGAAUUCGAUGACGAUCAGGUUGAACGAGGUGGUCAGCGCAAAACUGUGAAACGACCCAGCGCGUUUUAACAAAAAGGACGGAACCGUUUGUCAUCCUGUCUGAUGUAACAUUCGACCGACCAAGCCAGUGACCCAGAGUGCGAUUCUACGAAGUGAGUCACCAAAAAUAUAUAGUGAUCAAAAUAACCUGGUUAAAAAGAAUAAGAAGCUUUGACUGCUGCGGCCAAUUUCGGAUCCUGCUGCCCGAGUUUCGUUGUUGCGCGCAGUAUUGUCUUCUUUUAUUUUACUAUUUUGUGAUAUGGCUUGCGCGUAAUUAAAGGUACUUAAUAAUGGGAAA